AUGGCUCUUGUGAUCCUACUCCCAUGCUGUAUGAUCUACGGCAUCGCGAAGAUUAUGCUAUCCACGAUCAUUGUCGGCCAAGCGCAGUACUUUGCAGAAGUUGUGAUACCCCUUGUGAGAUCUACAGUUGUUAAUCUCACUGUUUUAAUGUACUCUGCAAUAACGGCAUUCUCCGCAUUAAUCUCCGAACACGAGCCCCCUGGCCCUCAGCAACCUGCCUUCAACUGCCUAAAACCACCAAAAAUCCUAUAUAACUACUGUAAACGGUGUACUAACGGUUGGACACACUGGUACUUUGCUAGAGACCUAAAGCUAGCCCAUUACAUGAAGAUUCCACCAAAGGUCACUUUUGCCUGCCAGAUUGUAGCUGCAAUUUUGGCUUGCUUUGUUCAGAUAGCCGUUAUGAACCGGACGCUUGGUGUCGCACGUGUCUCACGCGAUACCAUACCCAUGUACUGCACUAUUCACUCAUUAGGACUAGCUCCUUUCUCGUACACUCAUGCAAGACUUGGCAAUAUCCCGGAAGUCUGCGAUCGACUUCAGAAAGGGCAUUUCACUUUUCCUAAUGGGCGAGCGUUCUUUUCCAAUUCUAUUACCUGGGGCGUCAUCGGUCCGCAGAGCAUGUUUGGUCUAGGAUCCACGUAUAGCUCAAUACACUUCUAUUGGUUCAUUAGAGCGAUUCUCCCGGUUACCUUCUACACUCUUAAUCGAUAUGCACCGAGGUCUCCAGCGAGGUAUCUGCAUGCUCCUGUAACGCUAGGCGCAAUGGCCUGGCUCCUGCCUGCUACACCUUUAAGCUUCUCUUCUCGGGCGACCAUCGGUUUCAUAUUUAAUGUUUGGAUCAUGCGGCGGUGGCAUGGUUGGUGGCAUAAUUAUAACUAUCUCACUACGGCUGGACUCGACUCCGGACUCACCAUGUCGACUAUUGUGGUUUUCUUUGCGAUCAGCCUUCCGAAUGUAACGCUUCCGGAGUGGUGGAGAAAUGUUGUACCGUUCGAAAUUAUGGACUAUCUUAACACCGCGAUCCAGAAGACAGCUGCCAAGGGCCAGACCUUCGGACCCAGGGCCUGGUGAUUAAUCGUUUUAAGUGGAACUAAAGAUACCAUGCUCCCUCAGAGUCAGAUCUAGAUGCCGCGGCUAGUUCGAUGAAGUGAGGUGCUGAUUUGCUUGACCGUUCGCGUCAUGCCGAGGAGCGGUAAACGCCUUUUGCCAUCGGAUCCAUGAGUCCAUCAACUUCGCAAACAUUAUCAAUGACCCU